AUGGAACCAACAACAACAACAGUGGUGAAGGCUAUUCCAAUUCCAAACUCAUCAUCACCACCACCAACCAUCAUCAUGAGACGAGACAGAGAUGCUUCUUUUUCUUCUUAUCUCAAACCACAUCAUCUUCUGCAUCAUAACCAUCAAAUUGAUGAUCUUGAUGAUGAUGAUGAUGAUGAUGAAUCCACCACUGAGCUCAGCAUUUUCGAUGCACACAAGUACUUCAACAGCGAAGAUAAUAAUAACAAUAAUAAUGAGAUCCCAAAUAAAGUUACCAUCAUCAGCAACAACAGAGUCUCUCCUCUCUCCAUCAUCCCCACUCAUGAUGACACCACCAUUGCUCCAGAGAAGGCCGCUAACACAGUAGGAACUACCGCCACCGCCACCAGAUACUCCUCCGCUUCAUCCUCCGUGGACGGUGGUGGCUACAGAGCAAGAUCGUUGAACGGCACAGCAACACCAUCAGAAGCCAGCUGGAACAGCCAGGCAGGUUUGCUCUCUCACACUAACAACUCCGGCGGCGGCGGUGCUGCCACCCAACCUUCCUUGAGAGACUCCAACGGUCUGAACAAGAAGCUCAAGGACUCACUAUCAAAACCGAUUUGGAUCUUGAGAAGAAAAUGCCCAUGCAGAGGGAAAAAAUCAGUGCAAGUUAAAGAAUACACCACAAAAGUUCCACAACCACCACCACAACCGGAGCCAGAACCGUUAAUUAUAAACACUGUGUCAGUGGCGGCAGCGAAGAACCCUAAGAGUGUUUCGCUCAUUGCACCAAACAAGAAUUGGGUUGCAGAAAACGUCGUAACCGCAACAAACUCCAAUUCAGCUUCUAAGAGAUUUCACACACACCGAGUUGUAGCGUCAACAUCACUGGCGAUGGUACCAUUUAGCGAUGGAUUCACUUUCCCGGUUCUGAACGCGAAACCGCACCCUCGAAACGGCGUUGUUUCACGCCAAGAAGGAGGAGAUAAUGAGGACGACCAACUGCCACGUGAUUCGUUGGAGGUUUUCCAACCGCCUGACGACGUAGAGCCGACCUCGGAUCCUCCUGAGGGGAUAGCCGUUGGAGGCGGCGGAGAUGGCGAUGAGGAUGAAGUUGACGAUGGCGCCAGCGAUGCGAGCUCCGAUCUGUUCGAGAUCGAGAGCUUCUCCACCGGCGGCGCCAUGCAAACUACGUGUCCCGUUGUGUUCCGUCGCGAGCCUUGCAACAGUGGUGGAAACGGCUUCUUUUACGGCGGAGGAGGUGGUCGGCGGAGGAGCAUGGAUGAGGGGUCCACGGCGACGAUGACGGAGUGCUACGAGCCAAGCGAGGCGAGCGUGGAGUGGAGCGUGACGACGGCAGAGGGUUGCUACGAAGAGAGCAUCGUAGACGGCGGAGGAGGAGGAGGAGUUGAUAUGGCGGCGGAGACGGUGGGGGAGAAGUGGAAGAAAAAAGCAGGUUCGUCUUUGGCGGUAAACGGGGCGCUGCUGAUUGGAGGGUGUCGGAGCGAGAAGGCGGUAAGCGUAGGGCGGCAGGCGCAGCCAGUGAGGAAGUUUGGUGGUGGUGGCUGCGGACAGAGUGGGGCCACGUGUGGUUCGAGGCACGUGAAUGUUAAGAAUAUGAAUGUGAUUGUAAAUAGUGGUGGUAAUGGUGGAAGUAGGGUACCGUUAGGUUCUUGUAAUAAGCCACCCCUUCCUCAUCAUCACACCACCAACACCACACCGUGCAUCUCUCUAGCUUUUGCUACUUAA